GGGUUCUUUUGGACUUACUUGUUGUUUCCAUUCUUCGGUCGAUAUAAUCUCUCUCUUUUCUUUUCUUUGUUCUUUCUAUUUUCUUCUACUGCCACUCGUUUUCUUCUUUUAGCUUGGACUUGUGUAAUUCUGCCUCAAUUACCCCAUUAACCGGAGGUCGAGCCCGGUGUCGCCUGUGCUAUCAUGGCACCCAGAUUUAAGGAUGGGGAUGCCGUUGUGGCGAUAAAUGGAAAAUGGAUCUCGUGGACUCAUACCGCCGUCGCCUACACGGCCUUCUUUAGUGCCCUGAUUGUGGGAAUGUCACUGCAUUUCCGCAAGAUUGUCCAAAACGAACACUAUGGCUACCCCGAUGAAUGGUUUCCUUCCGUCUCAGCAACUAUCGGUGAUCGCUAUCCCGAACGGUCUUUCUUCCAAGUAUUCAUUGCCAUCACUUCCGGACCUAGAUUCGCCCUUGUUUUCCUAUGGUAUCUCCUCACGGCCCGCCCGAACUCCGCUCUACCCAAGCUGGUUGCUGGUGUCGGACUGUUCCGGACUUUCACAUGCGGAGGUUGGACAUAUGUCACCUCCACUGACGAUCACGACUGGCAUGAUAUAUUCAUGAUUUCGUAUUUGGUGGCAACCCUGCCCUGGACUCUUGGCUGCCUUGCUCUCAGCCCGAACAACCGCCGGGCCGUCAAAUAUCGGAAGAUCUUCGCCAGUCUGUUCUUCGGCACCCUCGUGCCGUUGAUCUACUUCUUCAUUCAACAUAAAGUGCACAAGGUUCCUGGAGCCUACACGAAAUACGCCUUCUUCGAGUGGUCGCUUAUUUUGUUUGACGUGGGUUUCGACGCGGUCACUGCAUUUGACUUUGAAGCGUUCGAGAUUGUUGUGAGAGAUGUCAAGGGGGUUAGCAGAGGGCAGUUGAAGACCACUGCGGACUCCGUUCUCGAAAAAGAGAAGGGCAAGCCGGUCGGCAACACCUUUGGAGAGGGAUUUUUCUGGACAGAAGUCCUUGAUGCGGCUGCAGAAGUCUACAAUGGGUUCGUCUUUUGGACCCUUUGCACUGCCCUUCCUGUUCUCGUCUGGUACUUCCCUCUCUGGCAUAUGGGUAUCUCCGGAUACGAGGCUGCCAUUGUCUCAUAUCUCUCACCUAUCCUUCUCGCUAUCCCAGCCCUCAAAUCCGCUGUGGUUAAGAAUCCUCGACUUUUCCAUCUCCUUUCGUUGUCCGGACUGCUAGCAUACAAGAUCCAGGACCCUGCCAACCGGCUCUUUUUGACCUCUUUCAGCGUUGUUUGCAGUUGUAUGACAUGGGCCGCUACUCUCUACGCUGAGCGUGGCAACAAUGCCAGGCUGGAGUCGCGAGUUUUCGCGUGGGGCACCGGUUUGAUCAUGUCGAGCAUUGCCAAGUUCGCCUGCACUACAAACAACCCGGUCUGGCCCAUUAUGCAUGCAGAGAAUGGUGGUUGGAACAAGGUUGGGCUUCUGCUCGCCAUCCUGGCUGUUCUGCGAUCUUACAGAAGGCCCGCGACAAGUGGAGGAGACUAUCUGCCAUCCAGCGGCAAGAAAGGCUCCUGGCUUCCUGCCGGGUUGGGUAUUGGAGCGUUAGUCUUCGCGAUGCACUACCUUCUUUCUGAUUCCAGUACCAUGAUUGCUUGGGUUUGGGAGGGAUAUCCCGUGAGAGGGCCAAUCGCUGCACCUCACGGUGCCCUCACCAUCUUCGCCAUGGGCGCCGGUCUUGUAUUUGGUCUUUUCUAUCCUGCCGCUGCCGGAAGCUGGACAGCGUUCGGAAUGGGUUCCGUUGGUGCGGCAUUCCUUACCUGCUACAGCCACUGGACUGGCUUCUACGGUGCCCUUGUCCUUGCUUUCUACCUUCUUGCAGUAGCCCCGGUCCUGAUCUCCUCCGCUGUUCGGCACUCCCCAGCGGCCACAUUUGGACUCGGUUUCUUCGUCUAUAUGAUUCUUGUGUUGUUCCACGUCUGGGUUGUUGCCUACGCAUUUGUUCCCGGUGGCUACCUUGUGAGAGAACACACUGACUGGAUCAUGAUUACCACUAUGUUGUGUAUUGGCGCUGGAGUCUUUUCUGCGGCAGUUUCAAACUCUCACAACUCCAGGAGCAAGAUUGUCAGCCCCAACAGCAAGAGACAACGCUCCUACUUUAUUUAUGUCCUCGCCGCUCUCCAGCUUCUGUCUAUCUCCAUCGCCUACCUUCGGUUCCCCACCAAUGACUACACCCCCUAUCACAAGGAAGAUAAGGUUGCCACCCUCGGAAUCUGGACUGUGCACUUUGGCUUGGAUAAUGACAUGUGGGCGUCUGAGCGACGCAUGCGCGAUGUCAUCCAAGAGCUGGAACUUGACGUGAUUGGUUUGCUCGAGUCUGACAACCAACGUAUCAUCAUGGGCAACCGUGAUAUCACGCAAUUCCUGGCAGAUGACCUAGGCAUGUACGCUGAUUUCGGACCCGGUCCCAACAAACACACGUGGGGUUCUGCGCUGCUGUCCAAGUUUCCGAUUAUUAACUCCACCCAUCACCUUCUUCCCUCUCCUGUUGGCGAGCUUGCUCCUGCUAUUCACGCCACGCUGGACAUGUACGGAGAGUUGGUCGACGUUGUAGUUUUCCACUCGGGCCAAGAAGAGGACCCCGAAGAUCGUCGCCUGCAAUCUGAAUAUUUGUCUAACCUGAUGGGCUCAUCGGACCGCCCCAUGGUCCUAUUGAGUUAUCUCGUCACAAAGCCGCUGGAGGGCAACUACAACACAUAUGUUAGCGAGACGAGCGGCAUGAAGGACAUUGACCCCACCGACUGGGACAGAUGGUGCGAAUACAUCCUCUAUAAGAAAUUGAAGAGAACAGGCUACGCCCGUGUCAGUCGGGACUCCAUCACCGACACAGAGAUUCAGGUCGGAAAAUUUGUCAUUGGCGAGCCUGAGCCUGAGAACGAAAUGCGUAUCCCUGAGGAGAUGGUUCCUCAGGGCCGUCAAUUCCCGACAUUGUUCCGUGGGCAGGGUGUACGCGGCCAUCGGUACCAUGUCUUUGAUGAACCUAGAUACUGGCAAUAAGCGUGUGCCUUCACCCCGAGGCCAUGCCUUAGUUGCUGUACCAGGGGGAGUGAAUCAUUCUAUAUGUUCUUGAGUAUACUUCCAUGGGACAAUCAUGCCGCCAAUCUGUAGCCGAGUGCUACUGGCGGUUGCUAUAACUUUGUACUGUCAAUUGAACUGCAAAUAAUGUACUUUUACCCCUUACUGUGACGC